GAAAAAUGUCACUACAUCCAACAAAAACAAGAGUAAAGAUAUAGAGAGAAGGAGAAGGACUACAUCUGCGCUCCUCCGCCGACGCCUUUUUGUUUUGCCGGCGGGCAGCCAUCCGAAAUGAAGAAGCUUAGAUGGACAAUGGACGGCAGCGAAUUUUGGGAGCUUGACGUUUCCACGCCUGUUACCUUUAAUGGGGUCGCAAGGCCAACCCCUUUCCCAGGUGAACAAUUGCCUCUAGGGUUAUCUAGAGGAACCAGACUCUCUAGACCGAAGCAAGUUGAUUUCUUCCAGCGCUUCAUGGCCAUGCCUUUCGUCCCAUCCUACACUCCCAAUCUAGGUGGACUUUCUCUUCAGCGAGCUCUCACUCUCCCUUCCACCUCUGAUUUCUGGUUCGCAGCUUUGGUUGGACAAUUCAAAUUUCACAACUUCAUAUCUGCAUUCAAACAAAAUAGAUUAGUGCAAACAUCAGAGACUUCCUGGUUUCAAAACACAAUAAGAUGUCUUGGUGAAAAAUCUCUGUAUGCCCUCAAUUUCUUCUCAGAGUUUUCAAUAACUCCUGAGGAUACUCUUCUUGUUAGCAUAGAAGGGGAUGUCGAUAAGCAGAUCAGUCGAAAGAAAGUAUUGCUUCAUCACAAGUUUCCACAUCAUGAUUUGACAGUGGAGGCAGCUGGUCCUGAACUUCAUGUUGAUCAUCUUGGCAGGUAUUGGGAUGUACCAUUAUCGAUGGCAUUUGAUCUUGCCUCGGUUGAUAAUGAAGAUGGUUUAAGCUACCAUCUUUGUGUUAGUAAUAACAUGGGACAAGUGAAGCCACAUAUUGAUGGUCAAGAGGCUAGUGGAGUUCCCACCUGUCUACUUCCUGGUUUAACCGUCAAAAGUGCUUUCUCCUUUAAGAGGAACAUUGAUAUUUGGAGAAGCAAAGCUCGGAAAUUGAAGAUGGUGCAACCUUUCGAUAUCUUCUUGUCAAAUCCUCAUAUCUCAGCAUCGGGAAUGGUUGGUGCCAUUUCCACAGCUUGUAUUGGAAAGAAUUUGGUUGUAUCACAAGUACAAGAAGACAAUCCAUUUCAUCUGCGGUACCAUGGUCAAGGAGUAAGCAGUUCUAUUGUUGCUGACACAUUUGCAACAUUGUCAUAUGACAUGCAAUUUGGGAACUUUCAGAAGUUAUUUAUGGAUCUUACUCGAGUGAAUGCUCGCUUUGAUUUUCCUUCUGGAAUGAAAUUCAUUUCUGGGUCAGCUUCCCUCGCUCGAGAUCUUUAUUAUAAUGGACUGAAAUCACAAUCUAAUAUAGAAGCCGUUCAUAUGGUUUUGCCCAAGACUACUGUAUCUCUUCAACAACAGAUUGUCGGACCAUUCAGUUUCAGAGUUGAUUCGGGAGUGACGUUAGAUUUGGAGAAUAAAAAUAGGUAUGCUCGAUUUAAGGAUCCUGUGUUUGCAAUUGAGUAUGCAUUGCAAGUAUUGGGAUCGGCUAAAGCAAUGGCUUGGUAUUCACCGAAGCAAAAAGAGUUCAUGAUAGAACUCCGAUUCUAUGAGACAUAGCCCGGGCACCUUCUUUCUUGCCCCCCACACCCCUCGAUUUUAAGAUAAUUCGACGCUUGGUUGCGUUGAAAAUGUGUAUUUUUUUAAAAAGGGGUAAAACCAUAAUCCUAGUGUAUUGCAGUACUAUUUUGGUUUACCAAUUAUCUGAAAGAACAUUAACUUUUUUUUU